AUUCUUCAAUUUGAAGAAAUUUUGGCCAACCCCUCAUACCGAGAGCACUUCCGAAUCUACAUGGAAAGGAUGGACAAGAUGGCUUUAAUCGGUCUUUGGGAGUCUGUGGAGUGUCUGAAGAACGCUAACAAGGCUGAAAUACCUCAACUGGUGAGUGAAAUUUAUCAGAAUUUUUUUGUGGAAAAUAGAGAAAUACCUGUGGAAAAAUCCCUUUAUAAAGAAAUACAGCAGAGUCUAGUGGGAAAUAAAGGCAUCGAAGUAUUCUACAGAAUUCAAGCAGAUGUUUACGAAACUCUGAAGGACAGAUACUACCCCUCGUUCAUUGUCAGUGAUUUAUAUGAGAGAUCAGUCAAGAAGGAAGAAGAAAAAAGUUCCGCUCAGCUACCUCUUGAGGACAAAGAUGAAGUGAGCCACGGUUGUGAAGAAGUUACUGAAGAAUGCAGCUCGAGAGUUAAUGAACAGGCCAGUUAUGCUGUAAAUAAACUUCGCCAGCUAAAUGACAAGCUUGAGUAUAAGAAACAGGCUCUAAAUUCCAUAUGUAAUUCACCAAAACCCGACAAAAAGAUUGUUUCUAAGCUGAAGGAUGAAAUUACUCUGAUGGAGAGAGAGCACAGUGACCUUCAGCUACACAUUGCAAGAACAGACUGGUGGUGUGAGAAUCUUGGCCUGUGGAAAGCCUUCAUUGUCUCAGGCGAGGUUUUAGAAGAGAAUGGAGAACAAGUGCCCUGUUACUCUGUCAUGGUGAGUUUACAAGAAGUUGGUGGAGCUGAAACUAAGAACUGGACUGUUCCCAGGAAGCUCAGUGAGUUUCAGAACCUACACCGGAAACUCAGUGAGUGUUUUCCAUCAUUAAAGAAAGUUCAGUUGCCUUCCCUCAGCAAGCUGCCCUUCAAAUCCAUAGAUCAGAAAUUCAUGGAGAAAUCCAAGAACCAGCUUAACAACUUUCUGCAGAAAUUACUCUCUGAUGAAAGACUCUGCCAGAGUGAAGCACUUUAUGCCUUCUUGAGCCCUUCCCCAGAGCACCUCAAAGUUAUUGAUGUGCAAGGAAAGAAGUCAUCUUUUUCACUCUCCUCAUUUCUAGAACGACUUCCUGGUGAUUUGUUUUCUCAUCAGGAGGAAGAAACAGAAGAUGAUAGCGACCUGUCAGACUAUGGAGAGGAGGUGGAUGGGAAAAGGGACUCUCUUGCUGAACCAUGUUUCAUGCUGAUUGGAGAGAUUUUUGAGCUGCGAGGAAUGUUCAAGUGGGUCAGGAAAACAUUAAUUGCACUAGUACAGGUCACUUUUGGAAGAACUAUCAACAAGCAAAUCCGUGACACUAUACACUGGAUGUUCAGUGAACCAAUGCUUGUUUACUACAUUGGUGUGUUUCGAGAUGCUUUUUGGCCAAAUGGAAAGUUAGCACCACCGCCGAGAGCCAAGAGCGAUGAACAAAAGCAAGAGACAAAACAGAGAGCACAGCAAAAACUACUUGAAAACAUUCCAGAUACGCUGCAGAGUCUUGUUGGACAACAAAAUGCUCGUCAUGGCGUAGUGAAGGUGUUCAAUGCGUUGCAAGAAAGAAAGGCUAACAAGCAUCUACUCUAUGUUUUGCUGGAACUGCUGCUAACUGAACUGUGUCCUGAGCUAAGAGCUCAUUUAGAGCAGCUUAAUGCCACUUAGGUUUGAAUCUGCACAAUUGGACCACUAGAGAAAUGUCUAUGUCCAGUAAUAGACAUGAAACUUAUUUUCCUCUUUUCCAUAGAGGGCUGAGGACUAUGAUUAUUUUUAGCGUUUUUCUUUCCUCUUGAGUUUUUUGUGAAGUAAACAGACUUGAAAAGAUCUGAUGCUGUAGUAGGGUAGACAAAACAAUGCUGUAUAGUUGCCAAUUUUUAUUUAAAUGGUUCUAUUUGACUACUCUUCUGUUUCAAAUAUAGAUUGAAAAAUAAAUGUUCAUAUAAGCUGAAAGAAACCAGAAAAUAUUUUAAACAUUUAUGAAAAGAAAUUUUGCUUAUAGUGGUAAACUAAUGAAUGUUGUACAGUUCUAAUUUCCUCACUGAGGAUUUGAGCAUUCCUUUUUUCUUGUGUAUUGAAAAAGCCUUGUCGUGCAAUACUACACGUAAAGCUAUUGUGAAAAUUUUAUCAAUUUUGUUUUUACCAAAGAUUUCCCGUAGUUUGAAGCAUUUGUAAGCAAUAAAUAACACAACUGGAUUGCAGUACUUGAUAAUGUGGCUGUACUGGCAACGAAUGAAUGAGUUUGACAGCACUGGUUUCGUAAGGAAUAUUUACGUUACUUUGAAGUCUGUGUCGAAAAUAUGUAUUGUAAACUGGUAUGUCCUAACAGAAUGCCCGUGUUAAGUGUUAGUUCAGAGUUUAGUGCUUAUGAAUUGCUUCUAUGAAUGAUUAAAUAGACAUUUAAUUAAACCACACUAAUAACUUCCCUGAUAUUACUCAGGGCUGUUUUAUUCAAAUACCCCAAUUUCAAA